UUAAAAUGUAAACGUGUUUCCAAACUGUAAAAAUAAAAUUUUUAUCAUGGUCAGUUCCGCCUCUGCAGCACACCUCUGGUUCAACUCUGCUAUUGGCGCGGAUGACGUGUCAUCGUCCUAAAGUAUGAUGACACGUCACAGUAUGCAAAUCAGUCCACCAACGUUAUCGCCCCCUGAUGACGCCCCCCACGUUUUCUAUACAUAUCGUCUCAUCGCAUUUAUCUCGUUAUUCAGUGUUCUAGUUAGUUAUUAUUGUUCGUUCUGAGUUACUGUGUUUGAAGAUAUUGUAGUUUUGAGCCUUUGAGUCUUAGCUAGGCUAUGUUUGCUAGUCAGUUUGCUAGCUAUAUUUACUAUUAAGUCUUUCAAAUUUAGUUUUUCCAAUUGUUCAGCAUUUUUGAAUUUAGCUUAUUCGGGUUGAGUUCAAUGGGUCCAGCUUGUGCUUACUACGGAUGUAAAAGCAGUAUUGGGUUGCACACAUUUUUCACUAAUUUAGUACUGGUCAGCCAGUGGUCACGCAUGAUUAGUCUGCAUCCCAGUACCAAGAUUGUCAGCAUACAUGUUCGCAAUGCACACUCUGAUGAGGGGAGCUUCCCCAGCUUUAUGGAGGUCAAAUGUGUUAUCUGCCUGAGCGACAUCUUCACCUGAAGCCUGACGGUGUCCCUUCAUCUGCAGAGCACAUCACAUUUCUGGCUAAGGUAAGUUCAUGUUAUGUUUACUACAGAGCAUUUUACCUAAGUUAGGCACGUUGUCAAAUGUCUGUUUAAAACUGAAGGAAGCUAUCUAAUGAUAAUAUAACGCCAUAUGUGAAUGAUGCCAUUUGGUAGUUUUUUCUCUCUGAUAAAGAGUUGGUGCAAUUUUUACCACGUUUUUCAGAUGCCAGUAAGGAUAAGUUAGUCCGCAAACUAGCUAAAAAUAUAGCUAGCCAAGUUAGCUAACAUAGAACAUAACGUAAAGUUACUGUCACAGUAAGUUUACAGAAGGUGAGUGGAUUCAGUUUUAACUUAAAUAUUUAGGUGAAUACAUUAGAAUUUUUUUAGAUUUUGCCAAAUUUGCAAAUUUUAGGUGGUAUAUUGGUUGGUUGGUGGUUACGUGAUGUUUACUCUUGCCUAUUUGUAUUUUAUUUAAUUGUAAAAAGAAAAAAGAAAAGGUUGUAAUGGUAUAAUAACGUUUUCUUUUUUAGGUGAAAAACUGUAGAGACAUGACAUGUCAGACAGAUUCAACUGGCCUGCAUGAUGUCUUUGUCCAGGCACAUGCGAAACCAUCCAGAAAGUCUAAAGCUGCAGGCUGUGUUGACAACCUCGUGGGUCUGCUGUGUGACCAUGUGGCAAAAGGACCUCAUCCCCAUCAGGAGAUCUUAAGCCAGGUGCUUGUUCCUAAACACCUCUGUACUCAUUAUGUUUGACCCAACAAAGUGAGGCAGCAGCAAAUCUUCAGUCAUGCUUCAGGAACAACAAAUGCAGCUCAAGCAAGUAAGUGCCUGUUUUCCAACCAGAGCCUCCACCUGUCCUUAUGCCAGCCUGCACCAGCAAGAACCUCCACCCGUCCUUAUGCCAGCAUGUACCAGCAAGAGCCUCCACCUGUCCUUAUGCCAGCCUGCAGCAGCAAGAGCCUCCACCUGUCCUUAUGCCAGCCUGCAGCAGCAAGAGCCUCCACCUGUCCUUAUGUCAGCCUGCAUCAGCAAGAACCUCCACCUCUCCUUAUGUCAGCCUGCACCAGCAAGAAUCUCCACCCGUCCUUAUGUCAGCCUGCACCAGCAAGAACCUCCACCCUUCCUUAUGUCAGCCUGCUGUAUAAAUCAAGGUAAGAAAUAAAAGUAGUCAGGUAAGGUUUUACUAAUUUUUUAUUUUUAAAGUAUGAUGUUCAUGAACACACUGCAAAACUAUGAUCAUCCUCUGCCCCUCAACAGUAGGCUGUUCAUUUAUCUUCCAAUAUGCUCUUAUUUUUUGCAGCACCUGAUUAGUUUACCUAAAACUGUGUAGCAAGAGCCUUCACCUGUUUGCCAGCAAGAGUGUCACCCGUUCUCACUCUUACUCAAAGGCUGUGGCCCAGCCUUUUUUCAGUAAGACAAAUUAGGCAAAUCUCAGUGCUACAUGCUAGAAUGUUUUACUGCACUCUUUAUUAAUCUUUGUUCCUGUAGAUGGAGCACACCUUUAAUAGCAAAACAGUUACAGGCCAAGUCAUUAUACCUCUCAAGGCAGCAUACCUAGUUUAUAGAUAUUAUGCAUUUUUAGUUCACCAUUUUUUUAAUCUAAUUACUUAUUUUUUAUUUUUUGCAAGCUAAUCAGUUUUGCAUAAGGACUCCAAACAUUGUUCCAGAUGACCUUACAGAAAAUCCCCAGGAACCUUCAUUCAUGGUGGUGACUAUAUUCAGCAGCAGCAUGCCACCAUGGACCAUUUCAGCUGAGCUGGAGGAAACAGUGGAUGUAUAAGUAUUACCACAGAGAACGGUAGAAGAGGUGAAGGCCUUUUCUCGGGGCUUGAAGAUUUGCUUUUCCACACAAUCACUGAGGGAGAGGAGAGGGUUCCCAUCUCUCACUUUAUUGCUGCACUUAAAAGUACCGGCCUGCUGACCUCAGACCCUCGUCUUCGGGACUGCAUGGAGAAGCUGCGCCAAGCUGUUCGAGAGUCUACUGGCGAAGUCAUGAUGGACCGGGAACUCUUCCGCAAAUUUGUAGGUGGAAACAUUGUCCUGCUGUCUCUGGCAUUUAGAAAGAAAUUCAUAAUUCCUGAGUUUGAGGAGUUUAUGGCCAUUAUAAACCAGAUCUACAACAGAGCUAAAGAGGAAGAUGAUGGACAAGUGGCAGACUACAUUCCUCAUCUUGCCAAGUUUAGCCCUAGUCUAUGGGGGAUGUCUCUAUGCACGGUGGACGGUCAGAGGCACUCAGCAGGAGACACCAAGGUGCCAUUUUGCCUGCAGUCAUGUGUGAAGCCACUGGAGUAUGCUAUCGCCGUACAUGAGCAUGGAACUGAGCGUGUGCACCGCUUUGUAGGAAAAGAGCCCAGUGGGCUCAAGUUCAACAUGCUCUCCCUCGAUGAAGACGAUAAACCUCACAAUCCCAUGGUAAAUGCUGGAGCAAUUGUCAUCAGCUCUCUUAUCAAGCCUGGGUCCAACAAAGCAGAGAAAUUUGACUAUGUAAUGGACUUUGUAAAGAAAAUGGCAGGCAUGGAAUAUGUAGGCUUCAGCAAUGCCACGUUCCAAUCAGAAAAAGAGACAGGUGACAGAAACUUUGCAAUAGGCUACUACCUCAAAGAGAAAAAGUGUUUUCCUUGUGGGGCAGAUAUGAUUGAUGCUCUAGACUUUUACUUCCAGCACAAACGCUCCUCUCAGCUGUGCUCCAUAGAGGUGACAUGUGAGUCAGGCAGUGUGAUGGCGGCGACACUGGCUAAUGGAGGCAUCUGUCCCAUCACGGGGGAGCGAGUGCUGAGCGCUGAGGCCGUGAGGAACACCCUGAGCCUCAUGCACUCAUGUGGCAUGUACGACUACUCUGGCCAAUUUGCUUUCCAUGUGGGACUACCCGCAAAGUCAGCGGUGUCAGGCGCUGUGUUGCUAGUAGUGCCCAAUGUGAUGGGGGUCAUGUGUUGGUCACCACCUAUAGACAAGGUGGGGAACAGUGUAAGAGGCAUCCGCUUCUGUCAGGAGCUGGUGUCCUUGUUCAACUUCCAUAAUUACGACAAUCUGAGACACUUUGUUAAGAAACAGGAUCCGCGUCGGCGGUCUGGUGAAGACCGGAACAAGUCAGUGGUGAACGUGAUGUUUGCAGCUCAUAGUGGAGAUGUUUCAGCCCUCAGGAGGUUUGCUCUGUCAUCAAUGGAUUUAGAUCAGAAGGACUAUGACUGUCGUACAGCACUUCAUGUUGCUGCUGCAGAAGGCCACGUGGACGUUGUGCAGUUUUUAACACAGACUUGCAAAGUGAACCCCUUUGUGAAGGACAGGUGGGGAAACAUUCCUCUGGAUGAUGCAAUGCAGUUUGGCCAUACAAAGGUGGUGAAGAUCCUGCAGGAGUAUCAGCAGACCAACAGUCUACAGAGUUCUCCGGAUGUGCCUGACCACAUCAAACAAAGCAAACUCGGCUCUGUUGAGGGUAUAGUGUGAGCUGCCUUUAGUGCACAGGGAGCUUCCGCUGUCCACUCAGUUUCAAAGCUCACUGUGAUUUUUCGACCAUUUAAGUUUAGGUUAUAACUAUCCAGACUCACCUUUGUUGAGGGUAUGAUGUGAGCGGCUGUUCAUGAUCAAGACGCUUCUGUUGUCCACUAAGUUUAAAGACAGCACUCUGAGUUAUAUAGAUGGUAACAGUUUAUAGUAGCAGCCCCCUAAAAAUAGCAACUUAGUCAUUAUAUAAUACUUAAAGUUUCAAGUUUAUUUGUCAUUUGCACAACAUGUCAGGACAUUCAUGCAUUGAAAUGCUUGUGGUGAGGCACAGGUAAUCACUCUACAGAAAGUAAACAAAGUAAAAAUAAAAAUAUAAUAGUUCACAGUAAAUUAAUUGGCAUUUUGCAUUAUUAAGUGCUACCAUUUGAAUUAUUACCCAUUUACUGACACAGAUAAUUAAAGUACAAUGAAAGUGUUUCAUACAUGUAUAUUUAUUAUGUAUAAGUAUCUUUAAAUACAUUAUGUUAUACAAUUUAAUAUACAUAUGACCAAUGUGAAGUUAUAUAAUUUGUGUUUUAUGAGUAUCAAAUAACUAGCAAACAAUAAUUAAUGUUCAAAGUAAUUGUUGGUUACUUGUAUGUGAAUGACUUAAAACUCAAAUGGUCUAAUUUAUUAAUGCAUAUGUUACUAUUAUAUAAUUAACAGUCAUUAACAAACUGAAUAAACAGGCUUUAACAAACUAUUAUAUAAUGAUUAAGCUCAAUUCAUUUAAGAACAGAUUUUCACUUACUGUCAGCUCAUAAUUAUUGGCACCCUUGGUAAAGAUUUGUUUUUUUUAAAGGUCAUAUAUGUAACAAAAUCUAACCUCCAUUCAAAGUAAAUGAAGUCAAAGGAAACAAAAAAACCUUUUUUAAACAAAAUCAACAUGCGUCACAAGUAUUGGCACCCCUGCAUUUUGUACCUUGUGCAGCCUUUCUUCUCCAGUAACAUUUGAUAAGAUUAGAGAGUAGAACAAGCAAAAGACCAGUCCUCAGUACAGAAUCUCUCCAGGUCCUGGUGGUCCUAGGUUCUCUCUUUUGUACUGUCCUCUUCAGCCCCACCCAUAGGCUUUCAGUGGGGUUUAGAUCAGAGCUUGAUUCAGUGGUCACUGAAGUAUUUUGUGUAGUUUUGUAUGUGUGUUUUGGCAGAGGUUGCCAGAUAUUCAUUCAAAAUCUCUUGGAACUUUAUGGAGUCCAUUUUAUCAUGUAUCCCAACAAGGUUCCCAGAGCCUCUGGAGGAAAAACAGCUUCAAAACAUGACAGAUCCUCCACCAUACUCAGCAGUGAGGAUGAGGUUCUUUUCUCUAUAACCAUCUUUAUUCACCUUAAACCCACCUUGGUUGUGUGUUAGCAGGAAACACUAUUUCUGUCUCACCUGACCUGUUCCAGUCAGAGUUUCAGUAGCAUCUAGUGAACUCCUGGUACUUGAGUUUCUGGGUAGAUGAAAGAAAUGCCUUUCCUAUCAUGCCUUGAUUGUAGUUUUGAAGUUCAAAACCCUGAACUUUCUAUUUUAUACAUUUCUUGAGACUUUAGACAAUGAGCACAUUAUGCCAAAUUGAAAUAAAUACCAACAAACAAAAAAAAUCCGCAGAAUGUAUCUUUGCUUGGUGGGCCUAACCAUCAGUCCCCCACCUCUCCAGCCCCCAUCCUCCACAACACACACACAGACACACACACACACAUACCACAGAUGCAAUCGAUUAUUAUGUUAUACAAUAUGAAUGAUUUUGUAGCAGCCUAUGGUGCUAUAAGGCGACACACAGUGUCCUCUGAGAAUCUUAUCAUACCAGUACUUGGAGAGAGUGGCCUGACUGGUAAUGUGCAAUUUAGUUCAGUUAACCCAAUCAUAAAGAAGGAGAGGUCAAGUACAGUUUGUUUUUAUUGUGGAUAUUAUGAUACAGAUAAACCCAUUUGGCCUAUAGGUCAUGUUAAGUGCCACUGUUUGUAAUGUAAUGUAAUAAAUGGGUAGAAUAAUGAAUCCAUUCCAAAAACAUUUGUGCAGGAUGGAUAUUAUACAUUGAAUUUAUACAGUAAUGGGCUUAGUGAAAGGUUUUUGGGACAAAAGAUCAAGUUCUGCCUGGGUGCCCUCCCCGGUUCUGCAGUCCUUGGCCAAAUGAAUGAAUGAAUACCAAACAUCUUUGUGCUUGAAUAUGAAUAUGAAAACUGAAUAUGAUUGCUUUAACCCCUUAAAUGGCCAGGGCCAACUGGCAGGCCCAAAGGUUUGUUACACGCUUCUAUAACCUAAGAAUAGCUCAACCAGUUCGAUUUGAAGUCCCUGUAGUUAUUUAAUAAUGAGCCUUAAUAUGUAAAAAGAUUGUGACUUUAAGGGGUUAAGGUGAGGUCAGCUAGCAUUUCACAGAUGAAGGACAAGCUAUUUCACUCUGAGUUGAACUGAACUGCAGCAUAACCUGCCAUGGAGCAGGUGAAUUUAUGUACUGACUGAGCUGCUUAGAUAUUAAGAUGCUGAUUGGCUAACUCGAACAACGUGAUACACAGUAUACCCCUCAGGUGAACAGAUUUAAUGUGUGAAAAGGCCCUGUGACAUAUCAAAGGCCAGUACCUAUUCAGUUAUAGCUAAUUAUUGAUAUUCUAAAGAAAAGGAACUAGACAUGUUAUUUGAGCUUUUACUGUAUAUGUUGGUUUUGCCAAAGAUGGGAACAUAUAAGUUACAUCUAAUUUAUUGUAUCAAAAGUUUGUAAUGUGUUUACCUUGUUUUGUUUUUUUUUUAAAUAGGAAUUGGUGUAAAUGUGUGUGAUGAUGUUUAUCAGUUUGACAGUUUAGAUGGAUGAUAUGAACUGUUUAAAAUGGACUUUUAUUGAGCAAUAUUUUCAAGCUAAUUGAAUCUGAAACUAAACGUGUAAAGCUCUGACCUCCGGCUGUCAGAAAGUAGAUUAACAUUAAGAUGUUUUGACUGAUCUGGCAAUCGAAUAUGCUUUUUCUGAUUGCACCCUGUAUAUCUGGACAAACAUCUGAAUAUAAACCGACUGCUUGUGAAUCAGUAGGAAAUACAGGUAGAUGUGAUGUGCCUAUUUCUGAUGUCAUGUUUUAUUUGCUGUACAGUAUUUUGCAGGUAUCUUAUGUCCAUAUGUGACAAUAUAAAAUAAGAAAGGUAAAAUUAUUGUUGCUGUGAAAUGCAAUGUUUUUAAAUAUUGAUAUUAAAUAUUUUUCACAAAAGAA